GCAGUCACCCGGCCCACAGGCCACAGCUACUAGCAGCAGCAGCAAGACUGCAAGAGGGGGGGAAGAAGCUAGGUAGCUAGUAGUACGAUGCAGCAGCCGCAGGCGAGCAGCAUGACGGCGGCGGCGAGGAGGCGGCAGCUGCAGGGAUCGGUGCUCGCCGGGAAGAUGGUGCUCGUGCGCAAGGCUCUCGACACCAACUUGAACUCCGGCGACGUCGUGUGCCAGCUCGUCAGCUCCACGGUCGGCGACCCCGACAAUGGCAACAGGGGGAUGUUGGGCCAGGAGGCAUGCGUCCAUAUCAACUCGGAGCUACACCCAACUCCCUACGAGGCCUCCACAUUCAGCUUCGAGUUCAUCUGGGACAUGAAGAAACAGGGUGUCCCCGGAGCGGUCAUCGUCAAGAACUAUUGCGACGAGGAGUUCUUCGUCAACACCAUCACCCUCGACAUUGUACCGGGCUAUGGAACCAUCGUCUUCACCGCUGAGUCGUGGGUUUACCCCGACGAGAUAUACGACCAUCUCCCCCGUGUCUUCUUCAGUAACCAACCAUACCUGCCAAACCAAAUGCCGGCGCCGCUGGUGCCGUAUAGGGAGGAAGAGCUCCGGAACCUGAGAGGCGACGACAAUCCGGGCCCGUACAAGGACCAUGACCGUGUCUACCGCUACGACGUCUACAACGACCUCGGCGAGCCAGACAGUGGCAACCCGCGCCCCGUGCUGGGUGGCUCCGACGAGCACCCUUACCCUCGCCGCUGCCGCACCGGCCGGAGGCGGACCAACACCGACCCCGACUCCGAGAGCCGCAACGUCGGCUUCCCCCUAACCAACCAUUUCUACGUGCCCCGCGACGAGGUGUUCAACGACCGCAAGAAGGCCUACUUCGACACCAACAACCUCAAGCUCUAUAUCAUGCAAAAGUACGCCACCUUUCUCUUGCACGCCGACCAGCAGACCCCCUUCGAGUUCGACAGCUUCGCCGACGUGCUAAGCCUCUACGACGAGGGCUCCAUCAACCUGCCCGGAUGGCUCAACACUUUCCUCCAACCAUUGCUCGGCAUAAUCCCCUUCAAGUUGCUCCAGCAAGUCCUCACCCCCGAUAGCGAGUUCAUCCUCAAGUUCCCCAUGCCGGCGGUCAUCAGGGAGGACAAGACGGCAUGGCAAACAGACGAAGAGUUUGCGCGCGAGAUGCUCGCCGGCACCAACCCGGUCGUCAUCCGCCGGCUCGGGGAAACCGAGUUCCCGCCCAAGAGCAAGCUAGACACAAGCAAGUAUCACAACCAGAACAGCAGGAUCACAGCGGCACACGUCGAGAAGUGCCUCGAGGUCGAGGGCCUCACCGUCGAGCAGGUGCUAGCCGACGGCCGCCUCUUCAUCCUCGACCACCACGACCACUUCAUGCCGUACCUGCUCGAUGCCAACCAUCAACCCGACACUUUCGUCUACGCGACGAGGACACUGCUCUUCCACCGCAACGAUGGCACUCUCCAGCCUGCAGCAAUCGAGCUCAGCCUACCUCGCUUUGAGGCCGGCAGCACACUCAUCUCGUCCGUCGGCGAGGUCUACACGCCGGCGUCAGACGGCGUGGAGGGCCACAUCUGGCAGCUUGCCAAGGCCUACGUCACCGUCAAUGACUACUCGUGGCACCAGCUCGUCAGCCACUGGCUCAACACGCACGCGGUGAUGGAGCCGUUCGCCAUUGCCACGCACCGGCAGCUCAGCGUGGCGCACCCUAUCCACAAGCUCCUCCACCCGCACUAUCGUGACAACUUGUUUAUCAACGCCCUCGGCCGCCAGAGUCUGAUCAACGCCGGUGGUAGCUCCGAGAACACCGUCUUCCUCGGCAAGUAUGGGCUCUCCAUGACAUCGGAGGUGUACAGGAACUGGAACUUCACCGAGCAGGCGCUCCCGGAGGACUUCAUCAAGAGGGGCGUCGCCAAGCGCCGCUCCAAUGGCGAGCUGGAGCUGCUGAUCAAGGACUACCCGUACGCCGUCGAUGGGCUCGCCAUCUGGUCGGCAAUCGAGACUUGGGUCCGCGACUAUUGUGCCAUCUACUACGCGGACGAUGCGGCGGUCCAGGGCGACGCCGAGCUGCAGUCGUGGUGGAAAGAUGUGCGCGAGGAAGGACACGGAGACCUCAAGGACCACAAAUGGUGGCCGGAGAUGAAGACGGUGGCCGAGCUUGUCCAGUCAUGCGCCACCAUCAUCUGGAUCGCCUCGGCGCUGCACGCGGCCGUCAACUUCGGCCAGUACAUGUACGCCGGCUACGUCCCGAACCGGCCGUCGGUGAGUCGGCGGCCGAUGCCGAAGCCGGGCACCGACUUGUACAGGGAGCUGGAGCUCCACCCGGAGAAGGAAUUCCUUCUCACCAUCACUAAGCAGGACCUGUCCAUAGCUGGCAUUGCCCUCGUCGAGCUCCUAUCUAGCCAUUCCGAUGACGAGGUCUACCUCGGGCAGCGCGACUCGCCGAACUGGACGUCCGACCUGGAUGCCAUGAACGCGUUCGACCGCUUCCGUGAACGGCUCUUGGAGGUGGAGAAGAACAUCGUGGCCAAGAACGACAAGGGCAGUGGAUUCAAGAACAGGACAGGGCCGGUCAACAUCCCCUACAAUUUGCUCUUCCCUUAUGCCUCCGGCGACGCGGAGGCCAACACCGGGGUCACCGGCAAGGGCAUCCCCAACAGCGCUUCCAUCUGAUCAAGCACUAUACUAUACAACAAGGGCAAGCAAGGGGACACAUACUCCUUAAUUAGCAACAUUUCUCUUCUCGUGUAAUGUGAUAAUUCAGUAUGGGUCAUAAGUUUGUUUAUGCAAUAAAUUAAAAUAAAAUCGGACUACCUAUAAAACUGUCAAAAGAAAAUUUCUCUAAAAUAUUUCAAAUGUAAUUAUAGUGUAACUAUAUUAUAAUUCAGGUGUAACCGAAAUGUAACUUGUCUAAUCUUAUAGAAAGAUCAAGUGGCUAGCA